CCAACAUCUAUGUACAUAAAUACCUACCUCCCGGCUAUGCACCUCUGGACCCAUCGACUUGCACUGUACCUGUCCUAGCAAAGAGGUACCUACCUAGGAAGCCCGCCCGCAUAGGACCUAGCACCCGUCCCCCGUUGCUGGUCGCGGCCUUUAUCAACCAUCUCUGCCCGCUUUCGCUCCUCGACACGCUUCUUCCCUUCUCCCUCCUUCAUCUUCCGAUCAUCCCGUCUCCCUCUCUCAUCACCAUCUCAUCGAGCAACCUCUCUGUGGUGGUCUACUUCCUGGUGCAUCAUUUAUUCGGUUUCUCGGUCCUUCCUUUUCUUCGAGCUUUUCCUGCUGCAUCUCCUCUGAGUCGCCGGUAGACUUACCAUCCGAGUGCUGCGAAAGCCGUCUCCCAACCCCUUCGCUAUUUUCCCAUCACCAUCCGCCAACAUGAGAGGCUUCAUCGCCCUCUUCGUGUGUGCUGCGGCCGCAGCACCCUCGUUAAACUACGACCCUUUCCAUUCCCAGGCGGCGCCUCUCAUCUCGGCGUCUGUCGUCGACGAGGUCCCCAACUCCUACAUCGUCAAGUUCAAGAGCCAUGUGACCGAAGCCUCCGCUUCCAAGCAUCAUUCUUGGGUCCAGAAGAUUCAUAGCAAUAGCGAGGAUGACCGGCUGGAGCUGCGAAAGCGUAGCCAGCUGCCGCUUUUCGGCGGCGACGCUGAGACGUUCGGUGGCCUGAAGCACACCCUGAAGAUUGGCACCGAGUUCUUCGGGUACGCCGGCCACUUCGAUGACUCGGUUAUCGAGGAGGUCCGGAGGCAUCCUGAUGUUGAAUUCGUUGAGAAGGACUCCAUUGUCCACGCUCUCGAAGAGCCAGAUCUCGAGAAGAACGCGCCGUGGGGAUUGGCUCGUAUUUCCCACCGCAAGCAACUCUCGUUCGGCACAUAUAACAAAUACCUUUAUGCCGCCGAAGGUGGCGAGGGUGUUGACGUAUACGUCAUUGAUACUGGCUGCAAUGUUAACCACGUCGACUUUGAAGGACGUGCGAGCUGGGGCAAGACCAUCCCCACUGGGGACGAGGAUGUCGACGGCAACGGCCACGGUACACAUUGCUCGGGCACAAUCGCCGGCAAGAAGUACGGUGUUGCCAAGAAGGCUAGCGUUCACGCCGUCAAGGUCCUCCGAUCUAAUGGAUCCGGUUCGAUGUCGGAUGUCAUGAAGGGCGUCGAGUGGGCUGCAGAGCAGCACCUGUCUCAGGUCGCGAAGGCCAAGAAGGGUGAGCGCAAGGGUUUCAAGGGGUCUACCGCCAACAUGUCCCUAGGCGGUGGCAAGUCUCCUUCCUUGGACCAGGCUGUGAAUGCUGCUGUUUCCGUUGGCCUGCACUUCGCUGUCGCGGCAGGCAACGACAAUGCCGACGCGUGCAAGUACUCCCCGGCUGCUGCUGAGAAGGCCAUCACCGUUGGUGCCAGCGCCCUCGAUGACAGCCGCGCCUACUUCUCCAACUGGGGCAAGUGUGUCGACAUCUUCGGCCCCGGCCUCAGCAUCCAGUCCACCUGGAUUGGAAGCAACACUGCCGUGAACACCAUCUCCGGAACCUCUAUGGCCUCGCCCCACAUCUGCGGUCUCACUGCCUAUUUCCUGUCCCUCCAGCCCAGCAAAGACUCCGAGUACGGACUCGCCGAGAUCACCCCGGAGAAGCUCAAGUCCAACAUCAUUACCAUUGCUACCAAGGACGCUCUCUCCGAUAUCCCCAAGGAUACUCCCAACUUGCUCGCUUGGAACGGUGGUGGCUACUCCAACUACUCCCAAAUCGUCGAGCAGGGUGGCUACGUUGUGGACACUCUGGCUGACAAGUCGAUGGGAUUGUGAGACAGACUGGGUAGGCUUAUGAGAGCUUAGGAGUUCAGGUUUCUGGAGGAUGUGAUUACUAGGCUGGAGAACCCGCUUACUGGGCCGGGGGAGAUUACCACAGACCUCACCAUGGCCAUGGCUACGAUGCAUAUAGAUAUGGUAGAGAGUUUCAAGCAGGAUCAUGGUUAUGGACGCGGUCGAGGAUAUGGCGGAAGCAAUUACUAUCGAGGCAGCGGUUAUUGUUACCCCAUAGACGAUGUGGGCGAGAUGAUGUUUUUCCCUUAUGUACCUAACAAUUAGUAAUUUCAGGACCGCCAUGAAUUAAACAACAACUCGCUAAUGCCCAGGACAUUAAUUAAGACGUUGGAUUUAUCUGGCCUAGUUUAAGUCUACCAAGCCACGCAUGGCCGACGAGAGCCGUGGACGAAC